CUUGAAUACCCCACCCGGUCUUUUUUACGAUGCAUCGUUCUCUGUUUCGAGCUUGUUCUGCUAAGGCCGGCGACAAGUUGCGACGAAAUCCAUGGCGAAGCUCACGAAGAACCAUUGAGCCACACGGCAGCUUGACCAGUUCAAGACGUGAUCCUGAGACUCUUGUUGUCUGACUGCUUGCCAUCAUCACAUCGAGAUGUCGCUGAAUGUCAUGCAUUUGCUGUCCACCUCGUCUCUGUUUCCUCCAUUGCCCAUGUCCCUCAUGUUCUCGUUGAGGUGAAACCGUUUCCAGCCCUCACCAAAUGGCGGCUAUGACUCGACCAGGCAAUGUGAGCAUUGCACGAUGAGCAUCAGCCUGCAUCAGCGCGGCCAACUCUCAACUCGAUUCGAAUACAAACAAGACUUCGUUGACAGCUGCCACCCGCGGAACGCCCCUAAGAAGGAAGAAUGCAUUCACGAUCCGUCCACUUCAUUUCAUUCCGGGGUUCCUCGCGAGCGCUUCGAUCGCCGCUUAAAAAGCGGAAGGCUGCACUGCGCACUUCCGCCCUCGCUCUCUGUCCCCGCCAGCCAUGUCGUCGUCGUCGUCAUCGCACUACGGCACAUUCACCGAGCCUCCGCCGCCAAGCUACGACGAGGAGAAGCAGAUCGCUCGAGCUGCAGCCGCGCCCGUGACCUGGAUAGACUGGCUCAUCGCCCUGCUCGUCGACUUCACCACCUGCGUCUUCGCCUCGACGGCUCUCCUGAUCGUCCUGCUUCUCGUCGCCGGAAUCGAGCCUGAGCGCAUCUCGGUCCCGCUCGCAUUCGAGAUCACGUUCUUCUUCACGGGAGUUGUUAUCGGCAUGUUCGAGCUGGGGCGCUGGUGCAUAGAUCGCUCGGGGAGUGGUCAUUGUACCAUUGAGAGGGGCUCUGGAGAGAGCAGAGGGCUGCGGGAUGGCUCGGACACUCGCCAGCAGAUGGUCUAGCACUUCCCAGCACACAUUCAGAUGCGCCGUUCCUUGUUCGUUGUAUCACCACUCUCGCUUGUAUCUCUCUUUUUCAUGGAAUCGGCAUCGUAAUGCGCCUUGUUUCAAAUCUGAAUCGUGGGGUGGGCUCUCUCCUAUCGUAGUGUCGUGGCCCUCUAGCAGAGGAGCUAGAACAUGACGAGCGGUGAGAGGGAUGUGGACCGAGAUCAAUGAGUGAGUGGAUGUGGAUCGUGAAAACAGGCGAGGGAUACGUUUCUAUGGUAGGAAGAGAGGGCAUCCAGGGAUGGCCAUUGUGGGUUUUGGGAGAGUAAAAAGGUCUCAGUCUGAGAGAUGUCCGCGGGGUGGAUCGAACACCCGGCUCUUCGGAUUGUGUCUAUACCACAACGAAGUGAUUUAGCCACUAAUCGACGCAGACCGGAGUUGACCCUUCAAGCUUGGCACUGGCAGUUGUUUCACUGCUGGACCGUGUGUGAUACUGGAGCCUGUCACCGUGACAGCCAAUCAUUGUCUCUCUGCACUACCCAUCCAGUCCGUCGACGCAUAUCACGCAAGUCGGUCAUGUCGUCCUCGUCUCUGUAACAUCUUCCUCCUCGAGCAUCGACCCCGCGCCGCCCAACCUGAUCUCGCGCUGCUCCUCCUCCUGUGGCAUCCUGUGACUCGGCACCCUCAAAUCCAGCGCGGCAUCGCGGAGCGCAAGCAGACGCAUAUGCGCGAUGGCUGCAGCGCCCCCGCGCCGGGCAUGCGUCGUCUCGAGUAUCCGGUCCCAGUCCGGAUACCGCCGUUCCCGCAGACGGUCCCAGAUCCAGCGCGAGCCCGGUCCGGUGGGGUGGGCGAGGUCCGGAAGCCACAGGUUGUCGCAGAUGCGGAUCCACUUCAUCGUGCCGGACUCUGUGAGGGCAUGCGGGUGUUAGUCGAGAUCGGGGGUUGGAGAAUACGAGACACUCACGGGGGAGAGUGCAUUCAAGCAGGGACGGGCAGGAUUCGCCCCAGGAUGUGACAGAUUCAAAGGCCCCGUCCAUGUUUGGCUCAAUUGGCACGAAAACCGAGUCAAGAGCCGGCGUAUCGCGUCCAGCUGUUCAAGCGGUCAACUCCAGAUCGGCACGAAGAACAGGUUCGUCAGACUGAGCGCAUAGAUGUGCGGAAGAUGCCAUGAGAUCUGCUCGAGCAGGUCGAGAUUCCAGCUGUGUCUCCGGCACGCCAGGACGUUCAGCGUGUCCGUACUGCGGCGCUCAAGGGCGGCAAACACGUCCUGGUUGUCCCGGGCCUCGUCUGCGUCGUCCCACGUGAUGAAUGCGGCGCGUAACGACGCGUGUCGGGCCACGGGCGCCAGGCACGUACUGUUGCCGACAAAGUACUCGAGUCCGGGCAGCCGGAUUUCGCCCCCCAGGCUCGUGGGCUCUAGGCUGUCGAGCUGGAGGUAGCUGAUCCUGGGGUGCCGACUCAGAAACGCCGACAUCCGCUCGUCGAGCGAGAAACAGCUCUCAAGAUGCGUCAGCCAUGGGAACGAGCACUGCUGGAGCGCGGAUACGAAGCUGCUUGUUGUCUGCUCUGGGGCGAAGAUGACGAGUCGGGUCACAUUCGUCAGGCGGACGAGGCAGUGUUGCACCAGGGCAGAAAACGAUGCGAGGGAUGACAAUUCGCGUCUGUGCGUAAGCGUUCACCUCAAUGCUUCGCACCGCCAGCGGAUUCGGCGUCGCCACAAUGGCCCGGAAGCACUGCACUAGAGCCGACGGGGAGCGGAGAACGAUGUGCCCAUAGAUGAAUCGUAUGCAGAGGGAAUGGAAUGCGUGCGAGACGCGGGAGAGCGCCAGAUACGACUUCGGGAUGGGAGGAAGGAACGCGAUGAUCUCCUCGACUAUCUCUGGUGCAAGAGCAGCUAAGGAAUGUGCUGACGGCGACGACGGCAACGACGAGGACGAGCGAGAAGAGGAUGCCAUAGCCAGGUUUUUCGGGAGGUCUCCGUCCUCAAUUUAUGACGCUGCUGCCGCACGCGAAACACGAGGCGGUAACCACGGGUGCAGUUCGACCAGCAACAGAGCCACAAGACAAGACAGAUGCAGCGUGACCACGACUGGUGGUAGCAGCAAAUACAAGGACAGCAGCCCUUCUACUUCUCAGGCUGGACCGGCGUUCAAAAGGGCACCGAGCGGCCCCGGCUACGUGUGAGGGGAGAGAAUUAGAAGCGGGAAACGUGAGCUUGCCGGUACCCGAAUCUUCCACGCGGGUUGACAUCUAUGGUACCUCCCGGCAACUGUCUACAACUGUCUAUGCUUGGUCUACGCUCUAUUUCAGGUCGUGCAGCAGCCUGUGAUUUAGUCAUUGAUGAUGUGUGUUAUACCGGACUCCGCCAUCAAUGCGUACACGUUUUGGGUGUGAAUGAACCUCAUUCAAGUUUCAAGUGGUCAUUGACGCAGCGUCAUCCCGCUCCCGCUUGAAGUGCUCGCGGCUAAGGGCGAGGUCAACCACGCCGUCGUAAUCUCCGGUGCUGUUACUUAUCUCCGACUUGGUUUUCUCUGCGAGUUACCUCGCUCCCUGGACCCGGCUAUUUUUGCCGUCCACUGCUUUUACCGCGCUAAAACCCGCUUGAACCCUCGCUACUGGGUGGCCUACCAUGGGCCCCGAGGAUACUUAUGUCAAGGGGGGCCGAAUAUUUCUUCAGUGUCUGGGAAGCAUGAAAUAAUCCUCAUGCUUAUUGUAAAAUCGAGGGAACCCGAAGCAUGGGGAAAUGAAACGGGUACCGCGACUAAGAGGCCCGAAUUGUAUCAAAAUGGACGCACAGGGAUUUGAACCCUGGACAGCUCGCAAAUACAAGAAUGCAAAGCGAGCAUGAUACCACUACAUCAUACGCCCGUGAGCUGUGACGACCGGCUCAAGGGUAUGAUUUGAGUUUAGUUUCUCUCAUGAAACACUGGAGCGCCAACAUUGAUCUAUUACAGACGCGCACCAAGCACAUGCAGAUUGUAGAGCAAUUUACAUGCGUGUUUUCCUUCAAAAGAGAACAGGGAUCGCCUCUGCGUUCAAGUGAGUUAUCAUCUGUUGCUCAAAGGUGUAACCGUCCUAUGCGCAGCGCAAGUCCAAUAGACAGGCUGACGAUCCCAAGUCGUGCUCAGCGAUACACCGUUUGAGGAGGUACAUUGCGAGAAAGAGAAUCAUGGCAUCUUCAGCCGAUUUCAGAGUCACUACCAGCCUUUGGAGUUGCUUCGCUUGCCGCACCAUACGGGCCAGGGCGGAUGCGAGCUGAGACAAGACGGUCAGUGGGCGACAGCACAGACAUGUGAAGAAAUACAGACUCGUUUCAAAUGCUCGGUUGCGAUCACGUCGACUGAAAUCGACAGUUCCACCACGGUCAGGGCUGGGAGCCACUCGCAUAUAUGCACGCAAUUCGACAACUCUGCGACCGUGAUCGAGCACCAAAGGGCCCGGAGUGACGACAAGUCAAGCUUCGCCAAGGUCGCCCAUGACAUGCAGUCCGAGUUGACCGUGAGCCUUGCAACACAAGAGGGCGCGAGGGCCGCAGCACCAGAGAGCAGAAACGGAAGGCAGUCCUCCGGGGCGAUGAGCUUUCUGAGCCUCGGGAACAACCGCUCGCCGCUGUCUCCCACAUCUGCGGCCCACGUUGCGACGUCCAGCUUGAGGCCCUCCACGUUCGGAAACACGCAUGCCAGGAUCAGGACCUGCGUGGCGCUGAGCCGGAAGCAGCUCACGCUGAGCGAUGUGACGGCGGGGAACUCCAGCGCGGCGAGCCGUGAGCCGAGGACAAGGCAACCCCGGAAGUGGAGGGUCACAGUGCGCAAGCGGGACGGGUCCACGAGCUCCAUGAGGCACAGAUGGGAGGUGAGCGAAUCGCGGCUGCGCUGGCGCGAGGCAUGGAGGACUAGCCGGUCCACACGCAGCAAAGAUACGGAUUUCGUCGUCUCCAUUGCUGGUACUAUAACUCCGCCAUCAAUCACCAGUUCCUCCAGCCCUGCAUGUAUCUUCUCCAGGCCAAGUUUCCCUACAUGCACCGCCGAGUCGUACCCAAAUACGAGCUCGAGCCGGCGCAGGCUCUUGAAAGUCGGGAGAGUCUUCAGCAGAGCCACGACGAGCUCGUUAUCGCUCGCACGCGACACGCUGCCGACCUGCGCGCCAUCAUGAUUCGCGGCCCGCGCAAGACACGGCCGGAGGCUGCAGUCGAUUGCAAGGUUCCGGACGCAGAGCCUGGUGUCUCUGCUCUUCAGGGCAUCGAGGCGCGCCAGAAACGCCAAGUCUUUCGUGUUCGGCCCCAGGUGAAUACGAACCUUGCGGAAGAGGAGGGGAUGGGCGAUGUCGUGGAAGUUCCACGAUAGGAGGUGGAUGGCACAGAGGUCGGCGGGGCCGAUGUCCUCGAGCACGAGCGACCAGAGUUCUGGUGGGAGGUGCAUGAGGGCAGAGCCAAGAGUGCUUGGAUAGUGACGCCCCCGCUCACGAGUGACGGUCGCUAAUGGACACGGGAUGUCAUAGGUGCGUGUGUGGAAUGUAGCCCUCAGUUGCGUACCGUGCCUGAUGCAGAUCUCUGUGAGUGAGAAGCUGCGACGGGAAGACACUGGGCACACCUGGCCCCAGAUGCCACCACAAGAACGAUUGCAAGUUGGUCCUCUCGUUUCCAUUUGGUCGGCCAAGCUAAAGCUUCUUCUAUCGGCAAACGUGCGGCGAUACGCUCGCUGCAUGGUGCCGCAUCGGUGCAGGAUUGACGCUCCCGCCACGGGCCGGCCCAGGACCCCUCAUCCUGACGCACACAUGCCUCACAGUCUGCAUUCGCACUCUGGACAGUUCUGCAGUCACGCGGUCGGGUCUCUAGAACAUGUCGUGCUGGCUGCGAUCGAGAAGGGGUUCCAGAUCUACGGGCUCAGCGAGCAUGUACCGCGCUAUCGAGAAGAAGAUUUGUACCCGGAGGAGCGAGAACUCACGCUUCAAGACCUCUCUGAGCGAUUCGGCCGAUACCUCGAUGAGGCGCAUAGCCUGAAGAUCAAGUACGCCAGCCAAAUCACGCUUCUGGUCGGGCUGGAAACGGAGUACAUCACGGAUGACGACUUGGAUCAGCUCGAAGCACUGCUAGCGCGGUAUGGCGAGCGCGUGGAAUACCUCGUUGGAUCGGUGCACCACGUCAAUGGCCUGCCGAUCGACUUCGACGCAGCCACGUAUCGCUCUGCCGUCGCCUCGGACCACGGCCGCUUCCUAUCCCGCUAUUUCGACGCGCAGUACGAGCUCUUGCGCCGUUUCAAGCCGGAGGUCGUCGGGCACUUGGAUCUGUGCAGGCUCUACACGCCGGAUUUGCGGCUCGCGGAUUUCCCGGACGCCCUGGGAGGUGCCCGACGCAACAUCCUGUUCGCUAUCGAAUAUGGCGCGAUCUUUGAGAUAAACGCUGCUGCUCUGCGGAAAGACUGGACAACGCCUUAUCCAGGGCCGGAUUUACUCCAGCGGCGAUGGCGGCCAGGCCAAGUUCCCGUCUGCCCUCUCCCUCCUCACCGCGCGAUAACGACCAUGAGCGGCGAAGAGGAGCGCCUGCUCGCCACCAAGACGCAAUACGGGGCCCUCUCAUCGGAUGCCUCUCCCCACGGUGCUGCAGUCGACAGAAGCGAGGGAAACACAUCGGGUGAAUCGUUCGAUGCUGUGCCGCAGGAGCGGCGACAGCUAGGACUGACGACCGCGACAUUUCUCGUCUUCAAUCGCGUCAUUGGGACAGGAAUCUUCGCGACGCCCAGCGUUAUCUUGCUGUCCGCGGGAAGCGUCGGCGUCGCGAUGCUGAUGUGGGUGCUCGGGGCGCUCAUCGCGACGGCGGGGACCACGGUCUAUGUAGAACUAGGCACGGGUCUACCGAGGAGCGGCGGCGAGAAAAACUACUUGGAGUACAUCUAUCGCCGACCGCAGUUCAUGGUCAGCUGCACAUACGGCGUCUACACGCUUAUUACCGGAUCCAGUGCGACGAACGGGAUCGUCUUUGGCGAAUAUUUCAUCCACUCCCUUGGGCUCGAAGCGACACCGUUUAGGACUCGUCUGACGGCGAUCGUCUGUCUUACAUUCAGUUUAUCGAUGAUCGGCGUGUUCCACAAGACUGGCGUGCGACUGCUCAAUAUCCUCGGACUUUUCAAGUUCGGUAUCCUCGCGGGCAUCGCCGCUUUGGGAAUGCUCUCCCUCGUUGGCGUCCCUGGCUUAGCAGUGCGUAACGGUUAUGAGAAACCAGACAACUUUGCAAGCUGGGAGCACGUGUGGUCGGGCAGCCGAGCGGAUGCCAAUGCUCUCGUUACAGGAUUGUAUAACGUGAUCUGGUCUUUCAUUGGGUACUCGAAUGCCAAUUACGCUCUCUCUGAGAUCAAGGAUCCGGUCAAGACGAUUAAGCGAGCAGCCCCACUGGCGAUCAUCUCUGUCACGAUCGUCUACAUGCUGGUCAAUAUCGCGUACUUUGGAGUCGUCUCGAAGAACGACAUCCUCAGUAGUCGGCAGAUCGUUGCGGCACUUUUCUUCCGCAAUCUAUUCGGCCCCGCUACAGAACAGGCGCUGAGCUUCUGCAUCGCGCUUUCAUCGUUGGGCAACAUUCUGUCGGUUUCAUUCACCCAGGGGCGAGUGAUCCAAGAACUCGGCCGCGAGGGCGUGUUUCCCUUCGCCACAUUCUUCUCGAGCAACAAACCCUUCGGGGCACCGUUGGCCGGGUUGAGCUUGCUGUACUUGCUUUCAGUUGCCCUGGUGAUCGCGCCACCGCCCGGGGACGCAUAUCUAUUCCUGCUGAGCAUGUCCUCCUACUCGCUCACCAUCAUCAACACCCUGGUCUCGUUUGGUCUGCUGCUGCUGCACACCAAAGGCUAUUCCAGCUUGGGCUGGAACCCCCCGUUUCAGGCCCCACGCUGGGUCGUCGUCGCGUUCUUCCUCUCGAACGUGUUCCUAGCCGUCACCCCGCUGAUCCCGCCGACCAAGGGCGGCCGCACGUUCGAGCGCGUGCCGUAUUACAUGUACGUUCUAGUCACCAUCGGUGUGUCCCAGCUCGGUGCGCUGUAUUGGGCGUUCUGGGCCAAAUGGCUACCCCAGAGAGGUGGCUACGAGCUCAAGCGGGAGUGGCAGGUGCAGGACGAUGGGGUGUCGCGAUUCGUGUUUGUCAAAGUGCCCAAGAACUGAAAGCACCUGAUGUAAAUUAGAGACACGGAUUGGCCGCUAAUAAACAGGCUGACCCUCGUGAUAUAUACAGUUCAAUGUCCAAGUCUCUACUAUGAUCUGCGGACUCCAAGCGUUCCUCAGUUUCUUCACAUUCGCGAUGCAUCACCUCAGAGUCGCCUGGCGGUACAGCUCAAUCAUUCAUGCUCUUCUCCGACGACCAUGAUGCGAUCCAAGCAGAGUCGCAAGCGCUGCUUCAUUCUAUACGGUGGGCAGCCCACAGUGAAAGCAUUCGCACAGCGGCUCGAUCAUGUGUGUGCUGUCUGCUACUGGCAUGUGUUGGGAGGGAGGUCUACAUGCACAAAACGUGCGUACUACACACAAAAAGGCCCCAAGAUACCUGUGCGCGUCCAGGCAGCACACCGACCGAAACCCCGUAUACAGUACAUUACAUGAAUAGAUCGAGC